AGAGCAAGCGGAGCACAAGGAAGCCGAGAAAACGACGACGCGGGACGCGGUGCCAUUGAGGACGUGGGCGCGGACGCGAGGCGUGCGUCACGCGCACGUCACGCUCGUCACACGACACCGGGCUGCCUUGGCUGCGUCCGACCGGUGCGGUCCCCGCCGGCCCUUCGGUGCUCGAGCGGCGGUGAUGGUGACGGCCUCGACGGUCUGCAGGGCGUCCGCGGCGGCGACUCUUGAGAUGUAUUGAUGCUGACUCCCUGCGACGUAUUCAUUUAUAUUAUCUUUAGUCUGAUUUCGUGAAGAAAAUGGCUCAGCCAAGCAAUAUGUUCCUCUACCGGAGGUUUGCUCUGGUACUUUUUAUUUUGGGCAUAUUUAUCUCUGCGGCUAUUUGUGAGAAGGAGCCUGUUGACGAAUCUGGAGCCCCCAGAACUGAGCCUGCCUUCCCCUCUGUUAGAGGUCAUGUUGUGGAGCAAUCAGAUAAAGAAGAAACAAAAGUUGUUACUCCACAAGGAGGUAAUCUUGGCUUUAUUCAUGCAUUUGUUGCGGCAAUAUCUGUCAUUGUGGUUUCUGAACUUGGAGACAAGACUUUCUUCAUUGCUGCCAUAAUGGCCAUGCGGCACCCUCGAUUGACAGUAUUCUUGGGUGCUGCUUCUGCUCUUGCAUUUAUGACUGUUCUAUCAGCUGUUUUUGGAUGGGCUGCAACAAUCAUUCCAAGAGCCUACACUUACUACAUAUCAACAGCUCUCUUUGCUAUUUUUGGCCUUAAAAUGUUACGUGAUGGAUAUUACAUGUCUCCUAAUGAAGGGCAGGAGGAAUUGGAAGAAGUUCAGUCAGAUUUACGGAAGAGAGAAGAUGAGGGUAAGAAUAGAGAAGAUCAACAACAAGAGGUUGAAGCUGAUCUAGUGGUGCAACCUGAAUCGACCGAGCAAGAGCCAGAUGGAUCAAAUAAAAUUAAAGAGGUGGUGAUAGAUCCUUCACUUCUUAAUAUUGAGGCCACAGCCUCUAACUCUCCUGAGAGCCAAAUAGAUAACAGCUCUAAAAAAAUUAAGUAUGAAAGAGAAACUACCUCAACUGGUGUGGAUGUUGAGACUGGUGGAAACUCAUCCAACAAGAAGAAAGGAAGAUGGCGUGCAAGUGCUCUGAAAAUGUUUUCCCGCAUUUUCGUGCAGGCCUUUACUCUCACAUUUUUGGCCGAAUGGGGUGAUCGUAGCCAACUUACAACAAUAAUCCUUGCGGCAAAUGAGGAUGUUGUCGGUGUAACUGUUGGUGGGACUCUUGGCCAUUGUUUAUGUACUGGCCUGGCAGUUUUAGGUGGUAGAAUGAUAGCGCAAAGAAUAUCUGUGCGCACAGUCACUAUCAUUGGCGGUGUGGUGUUCCUCAUCUUUGCAGUUUCUGCCUUGUUUUUUGAUCCAAAUGCAGUUUAAUUUAAUUUUCUUAGGACUUUUAUGAAACAGUAUUUUCUAGGACAGUUUUGAAUUCCAGUCUCCUCUUCCCCCUCUCUGAUGUAUAAAUUUUGGUGUUGAAAAAUUUUGUUGUUGAUAAAUUAUCUUUUGACUUUUAUCCCAAUGCACUUGUAGUAUCAAAAAGUCCUUUAAACUCAAGUCCAGUCUAUUGAAUUGUAUUGAGUUCCGUGUGAGUAUGAAAGUUCGUUAAACACACUUCUUUCAUCAGUGAUGUGAUGUUAGAAUUUUUGCAAAUGUUUACUUUCCACAAAACUAGGAACCAGCUUCAUUGUUUCUAUUUGAUUAUGAAAUGUUAUGUUUAGCUUUGCUCAAUCAACCAUGCAUACUUAAACUGCUACUUAUGUAGUCCACAUGUCUGUUUCUUCUGUAGCCAAAAAACAAACGACAAAAACAUUUGCCCUAUAAAUUGGUGUUUUAUAGUUUGUGUACUUUUCAUAAAGUUUUUUUUUUUAGUUUCAAUUGUACUUUGUUGUUAUUUAUCUUAAUAUUUAUAUUAUUAUUAUUUGACCUAUCAUUGAAAUGUGAUAUAGUUAGCGCAUUACGUAUUAUAAUCACACUGCGUACUGAUAAUUAUUCAGUGGCAGCAUUUGAAAUGAGGAUUUAUGUACCUAUUGAAUGAAUGGUGUGUUUAUUAAUAGGGUAAACUUUUUUAAUUGACCAAUUUCAAAGUGGUGAGAUGUUAAAUUUUGUAUCUGCACCUUAAAGGGGCAGCUAAUGGCUUACUGCUUGUCAGGACUCCAAGGGCUACAUGUCUCAGGAGGGGACGUCCAUAUAUCGUGUCCUGUUUUUUUUUUUUAUUUUUUUUUAUUUUGGGGGUGGGUGGGGGAGAUGCGGUGUCCGUGAUUGGGCACUGUCUAUGCUAAACUCAUGGGUCCAGGUCACCCCGGGGAGGGAGGGUUUCUAAAAGUGACCUAAAAUAAACACGUUGUAUAUGAACGGCCCCUAACCUGGAAGUGGCUUGAUGAACUUCUGAAAUACAACCUACCUUCCUUUCUUGUUGUGGGCUUGCAACAGGUUUGAGCAUUUGUGUUUACAUUUAAGGUUCGUUGUCAAAGCUACAACCUGUAUACCUCUAAAAGGAGAAAGGGGUGCUGAAAAAAACGCCUUUUGAAUUAAAACAACCAAUUAUAGAAACUGUUGAGUGUAGUGAUGGCAGUUUUUGCAUUUUUGUGAUUAUCAAAACCUUUUUCAGUGUUGUAAAAAAUUGACCCUUGGAUUCAUAUUCUUUAAGUUUUAUUAUUUCAACGAAUUUGUACUGUGACCUGUAGAUACUCUAGAAUACUGGGAUAUGUUUUGAGGGUCUAUGACGUUACUGCACAAUUUUAAAGAGGUGGAGAAUCUGCCAUAAUACCAAUUCAAAAAUUAUUAUCUUAUCUUACAAAGCUUUUUCAGAAUAAAUGUGAUAUCCACCUUUAACCGGAACAAUGCAGCGUUUAAAUAAUCUUUCAUGGUAUGGCUGCAACUUAUUAUUGGGAAAUUCUGAGCAGACUUAGCAUUGGAAUGCAGAUGUAAUUUUAAGGCUUUUUUUUUUUCAAUUAUGACAAAACCCCCAGCAAAAGCCCAAAAUGAAUUACCAUGAUUAGGCUUUUGGAAAAUAAGAUACUGUAUGUAUGUCGUCACCUUGUAUUUAUGCUGUAAAAAGACUAGGGAAAUGAGGAAAGUUACAUCCUCCUAUCGAUUGAAUAAAAAGACUAUGUUUAUUUUCUAUAA